AGGAGGGGCUGAAGGAUGUCCUUCGAUCUAUAAAAGGUCUUCAAAACUGAAUGAGCUGGAAACGAGUAGUAACGCUGAUUACAUACAGGUCAUUGUGAUAAGAUGAAGGCCAUGCAGGUGCUUUCCUUGACGCUGCUGUCUGUUCUGGCAGCCAGCGCUCAGCUGUUGAAGUUCGGCAAAUGUCCCAAACCAGCUGUUCAGGCCAACUUUGAUGCUUCACAGUACAUCGGUAAGUGGUAUGAGAUCAUGAAGCUGCCAACACGCUUCCAGAAAGGAGAGUGCGGCACUGCCACCUACAGCCUGAAGAGUCCUGGAGUCAUCGGGGUCCUCAACAGUGAGCUGCUUGACGAUGGAACCAUUAAUUCUAUCGUCGGCUCUGCCAAGGUCAAGAACCCCUCUGAGCCUGCCAAGCUAGAGGUUUCCUUCUUUGAAGGAACUCCUCCUGGUCCCUACUGGGUGCUGUCCAGCGACUACGAGGGUCACUCUCUGGUCUACGGCUGUGCCGACUACGGCCUGUUCCGCAUUGAGCUUUCCUGGAUCCUGAGCAGAGAGCCCACUCUGUCUGAGGAGACCGUCGAGGAGCUGCACGGCAUCCUGUCCUCCAUCGGAUUAGAUGUGAAUAAGAUGGUCCCCACCAACCAGAAUGAGACUUACUGCGCCGCCAUGAACCAGUAAACGGAGAUACUCCUGUAUGCAGUGUGUGCUCCGCAUGUUUUACCCUGUCGAUACCUUAUGCGAAGUCAGUGCAAUAAACCUGUAA